ACUAGUUUUAUUUCCUCUUUAGGAAUUGUUUGCUCUGUUUGCCGCUGCUCUCUCCAAGCUAUAAAACCCCCGCCCCUGCCCCCGCGCCUCUUCUUCCUCUUCUUCCUCUUCAUCCUCAACAUCCAUCUUCAACAUCUUCAACUAACUGCGUUUUCAGGCCUGCUUGAUCAGUUUCCUUCUGCCGCCAUAACUCCUACUCUACUUCUUCCUGUGCGCGUUGUCUUCUCUGUCCACCUACGUGGCCGUGUUGUGGGCAAGUCAGUUGAAGACCCAUCUUCUCCUCUACUUCUUCUACGCCGAGAUAUUGGGCAAGAGAAGUUACUUGUCCUUAGCCGUCAUGUCCACUGCUCCAAUAGCUCCAGCUUCUUACCCAGCCGUAUCGCUGAGCUCAAGGCGAUAAUUGACAAUCCUGAAACAAGCGAUGAGCAGAAGAUAAAUGUGCAAGUAGCAAUCGACCUCUACGGUGGGAAGAUGCAGCCUAUACCGCGCGUCUGCAUCCAGGGUGGACAGGUCAUCAAUCUUCAAAGGCUUGAUUUCUCCCGCCCGUUCUGGAUGGAGGUACUUUCACUUUAUCAUUCCCCGAAGCUGGUUUAUCCCCUGUUCUCUGCUUACCCAUUUUCCAUCCAGGGCUAUCUCCAACAACUCUCAGCACAGACUGCAAUUCCCGCCACCGAGCCAGCGUCAUCGUCUACGCCAGCUGAAGCCGUCCCUGAGACUGUAAGCUCGGCAUCAGCUGCAGUCCAGCAUUAG